UCCGGCACUCGGGUUAUUUUAAGGCGCGCGUGGUCUGGGUGCCUGACUCCUCGCCAAGCUCCCUACUGCUUCUGGUCCCCCACUUCUCCUUCAAGCCCCUCCAGCAUGGGUACCUGGCCCGGCUCGCUGCUCGCAGCCCUCCUGCUGCUCUUCUACACUGUCGGCACUGCGCACUGUGACACACCUGCCAACUGCACGUACCCUGACCUGCUGGGCACAUGGUUCUUCCAGGUUGGCCCCGGAGGUUCCCGGCACGAUAUCAACUGCACGGUGAUGGGACCACCUGAAAAAAAAGUAGUGGUGCACCUUAAGAAGUUGGAUACAGCAUAUGAUGACUUUGGCAAUUCUGGCCAUUUCACCAUCAUUUACAAUCAAGGCUUUGAGGUUGUGUUGAAUGACUACAAGUGGUUUGCCUUUUUUAAGUAUAAAGAAGAGGGCGGCAAGGUGACCAGUUACUGCAAUGAGACGAUGGUUGGGUGGGUGCAUGAUGUGCUGGGCCGGAACUGGGCUUGUUUCACUGGAAGGAAGGACACUACCUCUGAGAAUGUGAACACAGCACACCUUCAGGGUCUCCAGGACAAGUAUUCUAAUAGGCCCUACAAAUAUAAUCAUGACUUUGUGAAAGCUAUCAAUGCCGCUCAGAAGUCUUGGACUGCAACCACGUACAUGGAAUACGAGACUCUUACCCUGAGAGAGAUGAUUAGGAGAAGUGGUGGCCAUAGCAGGAGAGUCCCCAGGCCCAAACCUGCACCACUAACUGCUGAAAUACAUGAGAAGGUUUUACGUUUGCCGACAUCUUGGGACUGGAGAAAUGUUCGUGGUACCAAUUUUGUUACCCCGGUUCGAAACCAAGCAUCUUGUGGAAGCUGCUACUCAUUUGCUUCCGUGGGUAUGCUGGAAGCAAGAAUUCGUAUACUAACCAACAAUACUCAGAGCCCAAUCUUGAGUCCUCAGGAGGUUGUGUCUUGCAGCCAGUAUGCUCAAGGCUGUGAAGGUGGCUUCCCAUACCUCAUCGCAGGAAAGUACGCCCAAGAUUUUGGGCUGGUGGAAGAGACGUGCUUCCCCUACACAGGCACUGAUUCUCCAUGCAAACUGAAGGAGAACUGCUUCCGUUACUACUCAUCCGAGUACCACUAUGUGGGAGGUUUCUAUGGGGGCUGCAAUGAAGCCCUGAUGAAGCUUGAACUGGUCCAUCAUGGGCCCAUGGCAGUUGCCUUUGAAGUCUAUGAUGACUUCCUCCACUACCACAAAGGGAUCUACCACCACACUGGGCUAAAAGACCCUUUCAACCCCUUUGAGUUGACUAAUCAUGCUGUUCUGCUGGUGGGCUAUGGCACUGAUCCAGCCUCUGGGCUAAAUUACUGGACUGUUAAAAACAGCUGGGGCACCAGCUGGGGUGAGAAUGGUUACUUCCGGAUCCGCAGAGGAACCGAUGAGUGUGCAAUUGAAAGCAUAGCAAUGGCAGCCACACCAAUUCCUAAGCUGUAGGAUAUACUUCUCAGCAUUUCAUACUGAUCACCAUCAGUCAUUAAAGGGGCUGAUUUAUUCACAGACUGGAGACUUUUACAGCAGCAGUUUCAGAAGAUUACAAAUAGAUUCCUAUGAAGAUUUUUGCCUUUAAAAUUAAAACCACUCUGAUUUUAAUAUACCUUCCCAUCACCACUGGCCUACUUUUUUCUAAGUACUCAAUUAAAUGAGGUUUUUAUGGAUGAUGGUGAGCUAUGCAGUACUGGAUUUUGCUAAUCUUUUCUAAUUAUUCAAACAUGUAUUUUUUUAAAAUCUAUAUAAAAUCACAAGAAAAUAUGGCAAUGAAUAUUAAAUUUUUAAAAAGAUUUUUGUAAAUGAUCAAGUGAUAUGUAUUAUUUGUGUUCAUUAGAGAAUUUUCACCAUUGACUCCUUCAGUUACAUUCAGAUCCACUUACGUUGCUUAUAUAAGUAUUUUAAGAAGAAAAGGCACUUGAAGGUAUUUCAAUUUAAAAAAAUACUAUGAAACUUUAUGAUAGGAGAUAUGUUCAAAUGAUGACUAGUGAAUGCUAAAAUCAUCCCCUGGAUAUUUGAUGAGCCAAAGGCCAUAGUGAAAAGAAAUAGAAGUUUUGAUAAAAAUCUGGAUAUUUGGUUAAACCUUCUUAUGGCAAUCCUGCAUUUGGAAGUAUUGGUUAGUCUUCAUUGGGUAAGCAGUAAUAGCUUAAUUAGCAGAAUAUUAGCAAUUUAGAUUUGAACAGAUCUUUAAGUCUCCAAGAGAUAGUUCACAGUGAAACCUUUCUGCUUAGUAAACUGAUGGCAUCUAUUGGAAAUGAUGAGUUAGACAAAAUUAGUUGGUCAGAGCUCUAAAACAUAAACAAGAACCACAAGUCUUCUGGAGCUGGAAGACACUGAAGAGAUCAGGCAACUUAACCUUUUUGCAUAGGAAAAGAAACUAAGGCUUAGAGAGAGGGCAAGUAACUGAUCCAAGGUCACGCAGAUGGUAAAAGAUGGAGUUUUGAUCAGAACCUAGAUCUAAGUUCUAUUCUCCUUGAGUGCCUUAGACACUGAAUCUUAGCAUUUUCCUCUAGAAUAUUCGAAUCACCAGGGAUACUAGAUGGAUGCAUACUUGGAAGUUUCACUUGACACGUUAAGUCUGAGUUUUAUUUUAAUCCUCAUACUUUUUGCAUUGCAAUUCACUACAAUGACAUUUUUACUCUCCUUGAACUGAAAUGGCAUUCCAGGAAUAUGCUCAUGUUUAAGGUGUUGCUUCUUGGGCUUGCUGGCACACUGAGACAUACCUUUGACCUUUUCACCACAAGGUAACACAGAAGCAGACACUCUGAAUGGCAGGCAUAGCCAUAGACCUGAUCAUCUGGAAAGCCUCCAAGGAAGUAUAUAUAUUUUUUGUUACUGUUACUGAUUGAAUGUAAUUUUAGUCCUAUGCUACGCCUAACCUUAUCGCUAUGUAAAAAUGUAAUAAGACUUUGAAAUCAAGCAUGAAUUUCUUUUUCUCUAAAGUUUAUAAAGGUACCACCUGUCAACUUUAA